AUGAAUCGUCAUAAGAAAUUCUAUAGUGCUCUUGAUGAUGAUAUUGAAGAAGAAGAAUAUUACGAUGACUACUACGAUGAGGAAGAAGAGAAUGAAUACUACGAGGAGGAUGAACUGCAGUACAUUGUGAAGCCCGGUGCUCACCCACCACCACCACCACCACCGGAAGAACAACAACAACAACAAAAAGGUCAAGAGAAACAGCAGCAACAGCAGCAUAUUUCUAUAAAACCCGAUAUCUCAUCAACUAAUGGGAGUAUAUUGAAAACAAAUGAUAUUGACUAUUGUUUGUUAACGCAAUUACUUCCAGAAUUAAAUAAUAAAUGGAAUGAACUUAUUACAGAUAAGAAAAUUGGAAUAGAGCUCAGUCAAAAUUCUGCUAUUGAGGCUCUUCGUGAAUCUGAGUAUGAUGUUGAGGGAGCUGCGAUAAUGCUACUAAAAAAAAUGAAUGAAAAUGAUAAAUCAUUUUCUCUUUCAACAACACCACAGCCUGUAGUGAAGCCUGUAGAAGUAACUCCUCCUGCACUAGUGGAUGGAAAAACAUCUGAUGUUGUUUUGAAGAGUGGAGGGCGUACACUGAAAUUAGGACAAAUGAAUAAAAAUGCAGAGAAUGCAAAAACAACGUCAGUGAAUAAUAAUCUUAAGGCAGUGGAAGUGUCAAAUUCUGGAAAUAACAAUAAAACGGAUGGACCUUCAAAAUCAUUAAAGAAAAAUAAUUCUAUUCAAGAGAUUAUGCCAGAUAUGACUAAAAAAGAUUGUACCUUUGUUAUUGCAGGUCAUGUAGACGCUGGAAAAAGUACAACUCUUGGUCAUCUUUUAUUAUUAUUAGGAAAAGUUUCUCAGGCAGAUGUUGAUAAGAAUGAGAAAAAUGCUAAAAUCUUAAAUAAAGAAUCAUUUAAAUAUGCAUGGUUAUUAGAUCAAUCAGAAGAAGAACGAAGACGUGGUGUUACUAUUGAUUCUGGAUCCUAUUGUUUUGAAACAGAACAUAGACGUAUUCAUAUUCUCGAUGCUCCAGGUCAUAAAGAUUAUGUUGUUAAUAUGAUAAGUAGUGCCACUCAAGCGGAUGCUGCACUUCUUGUAGUCACAGCUGCUACAUCAGAAUUUGAAGUUGGACUUGCGCAUGGUACAAGAGAUCAUCUUCUUGUUCUAAAAACACUAGGUGUUGGUCAUUUAGUUGUAGCUAUUAAUAAAAUGGAUGCGGUUGAUUUUAGUCAAGAAAGAUAUAAUUAUGUUGUACAAGAGUUAGGGUUUUUAAUAAAGCACAUGCGGUAUAAAGAGGAUGCUGUUGUGGGUUUUUGUCCAGUAAGUGGUAUUCUGGGAACGAAUAUUUGUGAAAUAGAUCAUACUGCAACCCCAUGGUAUGAUGGACCAUCCUUGAUACAAUUACUUGAUCAAUGUCCUCUUGAAAGUCGUUUAUUAAGUGGGGCACUUCGACUUAGUUUAAUGGAUGUUGACGGUUCACGUUUAUUCUGUAAGGUAGAAAGUGGAAAACUACAAAAAGGGGCGAAACUUGUUUUUAUACCUUCAGACGUUAAAGUUUUAGUUAAAAGUAUUGAUAAACCUACCAUGGGAGGUCUUGUGGAUGUUGCCUUUGCAGGUGAUACGGUAGAGAUAGAUACUUCUUCUUCCACUAUUGGAUUAUAUCCCGGAUGUGUGGGUUGCUCCAGUAAUGCUUUAAUUCAAUCCUCUACAGAUUUUUUGGCUCGUAUACAAACUUUUAUCACCUUACAAAAGUCUAUUCUACCUGGAGCCACCUUUACAAUGGUGGUACAUGCGUUAACUGUACAGGUAAAAGUAAUAAAGUUGGUAUCCAAGAUGAAUCGAGAUGGAACAUGGUCUAAUGGAAUGGUGAAGUGCGUCCCAAAGGCAACACAGGCUGUUGUGUUGUUUAGUGCGCCUAAUAAAAUUGCAUUGGAGCCGGCGGAUGUUUGUCGGGCACUUGGGCGUUUUGUGCUCCAACAGGAAGGGGAAACUGUUGCGGGUGGACUAGUAGAGAAAGUUGUCGUGUGA